ACUACUCACAUGUUUCCCCCCCUCAUUGACAACACAAUAUUGAAUAUACCCUCACCAAUUAUUUCCCAAAAAUCCCUUCUUAACCAUCUCAAGAAAAGUGAGGAAAACCCCCCCUCCUCCUCUCCUCCUCCUAUCUCCCUUUACCUCCAUUCCUCCCUUUUUUUCCUAUUUUAACACACACAACACACACUCCUCACAUGUUUUUCCUCUCAUAAUCCAACAAAAACCUCCCAAACAAAUUUCCCAAAAAUCCCUUCUUAAGUAACCAUCUCUCAAAAAAGUGGGGGAAAACCCCCCAUCCCCUAUCCCUUUCUCCUCCAUUCCUCCCUGUUUUUUUUCUUACACACACAACACACACUCCUCCCAUGUUUUUCCCCUGCACUAUCCCACAGAAAACCCUCCCAGAUAAAAUUUUCAGAAAUCCCUUGUUAAACAUCUCUAGAAAGUGAGGAAAGAUAAAAGCAGCCAAAUUAACCCAACCCAAAAGGCAGAAGGCAAAUGUAUCCUCCCUCCACAAAUCCCACCUUGCCGCCACUUAAAGAACCUCCGGCGGAGACUCCGGCGGAAGCCCUUGACAAAAUAACGCGGCUUUUAACCAGUCUUCUUCCUUCUACACUUUCAAUAACUUCCUUCACAUCUAGAUGGCAAGUUCUCCGGUCAAAGCUUGCUUCUCUCAAAUCCAUGCUCUCGGAACUUUCCGAUUCGGCUCACUGGUCGGAUAAUCUGCUUCUGCAGUCUCUUCUUCCCAAUGUUUUCUCGACUCUUCAGCGCGUUCAGACGCUCUGUCAGCAAUGCUCAGACCCUUCUUUCACUCCGGGGAAGCUCCUCAUGCAGUCCGACCUGGAUAUGUGUACUGGCUGGCUGUCGAAACUGAUUCAUGACCUCGACCUUUUGCUCCGGUCAGGGGUUCUCCGGCAGUCCAACGCCAUUGUCCUCUCUCACCCCUCUGUCAAUUCUUCUAAAGAAGAUUUAUCCCUCUUUGUGAAGGACCUGUUUACCCGGCUACAGAUCGGCGGAACAGAGUUCAAGAAAAAAGCCCUUGAUUCGUUGGUUCAGUUGCUAUCCGAGGAUGAAAAGUCCGCCGGAUUGGUGGCAAAAGAUGGGGAGGUUAGUUAUUUGGUGUCGCUUCUGGAUAUGAAUGCUAAUACUUUUAUUCGAGAACAGGCUGUUUUAGCCGUUUCUAUGCUUGCUUCCAAUAGCGAUCAAUCGAGAAAAUGCGUAUUUGAAGAGGGGGCUUUGGGCCCUUUAUUGAGAAUUAUCGAGUCUGGAUCAAUGCCGUUGAAGGAGAAGGCUGCUAUGGCUGUGGAGUGCAUCACUUUAGAUGCUGAAAAUGCCUGGGCUGUUUCGGCUUAUGGAGGGGUUUCUAUUCUUGUAGAGUUAUGUAAGUCUGGUUCUUCUGUAGCUCAGUCCCACGCAAUUGGGGCUGUGAGGAAUGUAUCCACAAAUGAGGAUAUUCGUUUGGCUUUGGCUGACGAAGGGGCUAUACCAGUUUUAUUACAAUUGCUUGUUUCAGGUACUGCUUCAGCGCAAGAAAAAGCAGCUAAUUGUGUUGCAAUUCUUGCUUCUUCGAGCGAGCAUUUUCGUAAUUUGUUGUUACAAGAAAAGAGUUUGCACAGGUUGCUUCAUUGCUUGCACGCAUCGUCUAGUUCGGAUACAUUAGAACAUAUUUUACGGGCAAUUUAUUCGCUUUCUGGGAUGGAUUCUGCUUUUAGGAUGUUAUCCGCAUCUACCACGUUUAUUGUACAAAUUGCUGAUCUUAUUAAGCACGGAAAUGUUAUGUUGCAGCAUAUUUCUGCUUCGUUGCUAGCAAAAUUAUCGAUAAGUGAGGGGAAUAAGAGGGCUAUCAGUGGGUGUAUGGGGUCUUUGGUGAAGCUGAUGGAGUCAGCUAAGCCUGAUGGAUUGCAAGAGGUGGCUGCCAAUGCAUUGGUUUCACUGUUGGCCGUGAGGUCUAAUAGAAAAGAUUUGGUCAAGGAUGAGAAGUGUCUGAUGAGACUGGUUCAGAUGUUGGAUCCAAGAAAUGAUUUUGUUUCUAAGAAGUUCCCUAUAGCAGUGGUGGCAGCAAUUAUGGCCAGUGGCAGUCAGGGUUGCCGGAAGCGGUUGGUGGCGGCUGGGGUUUAUGGGCAUCUUCAGAAGUUGGCUGAGAUGGAGGUUAUCGGAGCCAAGAAGGCCUUGCAGAGGCUCUCCGGCAACAGGCUGAAGAGUAUAUUCUCAAUGACUUGGAGGGAAUAAUCAAUAAAGUGACUAACCCCCGCCGAUACAGGAGUUCCUUGUUUGGAUUUUUCUAACUGUCAAUGUGGAAGCUACGAUUCCUGCACAUGUGAAACAAACAGUUAUAUACACAUGGUAUACCCCAAAAUUUUACCUUAUAAGAAGUAAUAUAUUAUCCUUGAAAAAAAAUUUGAUUAUUCUAAAUCAUAUGACAACGGCAUGGAUGCGGUUUUUAGGAUGUAUCCUUGUUUUUCUUUUUUCAUUUAUUUUUUUAGUUUGACCUUUUUGGCAAAAAGGUUUGUGUAAGAAAAGCUAGUGCUGCUGCUGCUGCUGCUGCUGCUGUGUGAUUUUUUUUAGUCAUUUUUUCUGGGUUCUAAACUCAUGUUUGAUAAUGUAAAUGAAGUGUGCUUGUGUUACUCUGUAAUGGCCAAAAGCACUAGUGAGAAAGUGUGAAAUUCGAUCUUUUGCUGUCUUGUGCUCA